AUGGGAAUCUGUCAUGGAAGCGCUAAAAGCAAUAAUGGAUAGUUGAAACAAGUUAUGGCCAAGGCAAAAAAAUCUCAAGAUAUAGAAGUUAUUUUAAAAGAGACAACUGAUGUCUAUACUACCUUCAAUCCAUAUAAUAAUCCCAUUCUUAAUCGCCGUUUAAGAGAGUAAAAUACUCAAACCCAAACGAAUGUGCAACAAUGA